AUGAAUUCACAGCACUGUGGUUCUUUUUGGUUGGGGGGACCAGAUCCUCUGGACUACGUUAGCAUGUACAGGAACUUGGGAAACCCAGCAUUGAAUGUUCCUGAGCACUGGCAUUAUGUCAGCUUUGGGUUAAGUGACUUGUAUGGAGACAACAGAGUUCACGAAUUUACAGGAACGGAUGGGCCAAGUGGUUUUGGAUUCGAGUUGACGUUUCGACUAAAGAGAGAAACAGGGGAGUCAGCGCCACCUACAUGGCCGGCAGAGUUAAUGCAAGGCUUAGCCAGAUACGUCUUCCAGUCAGAAAAUACCUUCUGUAGUGGCGACCAUGUAUCAUGGCACAGUCCUUUGGACAACAGUGAAUCCAGAAUCCAGCAUAUGUUGCUGACUGAAGAUCCUCAAAUGCAACCAGUACAGACCCCUUUUGGGGUUGUUAAUUUCCUACAGAUCGUUGGGGUUUGCACUGAGGAGCUGCAUGCAGCACAGCAGUGGAACGGACAGGGGAUCUUGGAGUUGCUUCGGACUGUGCCCGUUGCUGGAGGCCUGUGGCUGAUAACAGAUAUGCGAAGAGGAGAGACCAUAUUUGAGAUUGAUCCGCAUCUGCAAGAGAGAGUCGAUAAAGGAAUUGAGACAGAUGGCUCGAACCUGAGUGGAGUGAGCGCCAAAUGUGCCUGGGAUGAUCUGAGCCGGCCCCCAGAGGAUGACGAAGACAGUAGAAGCAUUUGCAUUGGAACGCAGCCACGACGGCUGUCUGGGAAAGAUACAGAGCAAAUCAGGGAGACUUUGCGGAGAGGGCUUGAGAUUAACAGCAAACCUGUUCUACCUCCAAUAAACGCACAAAGACAGAAUGGGUUGAACUAUGAUCGAGCACCAAGCCGUAAGGAUAGUUUAGAGAGUGAGAGCUCAGCAGCUAUCAUUCCUCAUGAGCUAAUCCGCACAAGACAGCUUGAGAGCGUGCACCUGAAAUUCAACCAGGAGUCUGGAGCACUGAUUCCACUUUGUCUAAGGGGCAGGCUGUUACAUGGACGGCACUUUACAUAUAAAAGUAUUACAGGGGAUACAGCAAUCACAUUUGUAUCGACAGGAGUAGAAGGAGCCUUUGCUACAGAGGAGCAUCCUUAUGCAGCACAUGGGCCUUGGUUACAAAUCCUGUUGACUGAAGAGUUCGUAGAAAGAAUGCUGGAAGACUUAGAAGAUCUGACUUCUCCAGAGGAAUUUAAACUUCCAAAAGAGUACAGCUGGCCUGAAAAGAAACUGAAAGUCUCCAUCUUACCAGAUGCUGUGUUUGACAACCCUCUGCAUUAGAGCUGAAUUACACCCUUCUGACAUCUGGGAGAGCCAAGUGACUGUACAUUGCUCAGUGACUCACAGGAUAAUUAAUGCAGUAAGAACUAUGCCUUCAAAUAAAGUAGAUUGCUGCACAACCACUGCAAACAGAAGAGGAGUUACACAACACCAACCCAGACAGAACUGGACAGUGCUGGGCCAUUUCUUCCCCAUCCUUUCCUGGGCUGAACUCUCCGGGAACAGCCUGCGUAUGUUUGAGUGCAAGUGAGAAAUAUUUAACUAUGAAAAGUAGUGGUAAGAAUUUUUUCCCUGUUCUAGCUGGCUACAAAUAUCCCUGCAGUCUUCGCCCAGGGUGUAGAUACCUUGUACGCCUAUAUUUACAUACGCACUCUGCCAGGUGCAAGCCCAUGGAUUAAAUGUUCUCUACGUGACUUUGGAAUCCUUUUGGUUAGCCAAACUUUUACCGACUGCAGAACUAUUCCUCCAGGGGCUGUUUUGUCUUUUCAGAAAUGGAAUGGUGUUAACGAGGCCAGAAGCUCGCCUGCUUCAUUUAAAGAUGAACUCUCAAGUUUAGUCAAAAAACAAACCCAAACCCUCCCUGCUGCUAGAAUUCGGAAAGGUCUGAGCAUUGAGCUCGGUCUGAUUAGUUCUGGUAUCGCUGCAAACAGAGGCAACUUUCUUCUUGCACAUCCUGUCCUAGUGUAUGAAUGUAUGCAUGAGCCCCGGAGAAGGUUGUGACCUCUGCUUUUGCACAAGCAGGAGGAAGAGAGACUAUCGGGGCAGAGGAGGAGAUCUCCUGUUUACAGAAUGUUUAUCUUUCAAGGGAUGCUGUCAAGUACUUUUUCCUUGCUAUUGUACAGAAUCCCUUUGAAUCCUAGAAGUGGGAAAGGAUCUGUAUGUUCAGAGGGGCCACGCUCCAGGAACCAGAGGGCUGCUCUAAAUUGUUUAAUAUGGAGAUCGGAUCCACCCUCCCCAUCAACAGAGAGUAGCCACCAGCAGAGGCCUGGAAGAAAGCCCUACCUGCACUACAAAACAAACCCUGCUGGGGACCCGCUUACAGCACAGUUGUCCUUAGCACCGUUCCAUCUUACCAGACUCUGUGUCCGACAACCUGCGUGCACAUGGGACCGUAGCCAUGUGCUAAGGAUUUGAACCUUGCUUUAACGAUGGGGGGAUAAGCAGGCUGUAACCGGGGCCCCCAAGUUGUAUUGUAGUAUAAGCUUCAGGCUCUGCUUCCAACAUGCAACUCCCUCUUGGUCCCAGCGGCCUCCCUUAGACCAAGAUGGAGCACGUGUGCUGAGAGCUUUUGUCUCUGCAGGUUGCAUCCUGGUACCGAAGAGCAGGCCAUUGGUGGGUGCAUUACAGAUGGGCUGCAGGCUACCCCAUGCUUGAGUCCUUCCCCUGCCAAUCCUGGAUUGUUCUCUAAAGUAGAUUCACCAGUGCUUUCUCAGACAGAUUCACACUGGAAUACAGUCACUUCUAAUUAUGUGGGUGCAGAUUUCUCCCCCCACCCUUUUCCACUCACAAGCUAACAUGGCCGUUUCUUCGUCUCUGGUUGUACACAGUACAGUGGUCUUAACAUGGCUGUGGCAACAACUUUUAACAACUGACUGCCUUUGAUCAAAUCGCAAUGGCUAAAACUGGCCCAUACCUCACAGAAGCUGGUUGUUGUUGUUGUCUUAAUUUCUUCCCAACAAAGUGGGAUUUUGUCAAGAUUUUUAAAAUAUAUUUUGGAGCUGGUUGCUGUUGGAUGUAUAGUCCUGUGGUUGAGGCACGUAUCUAGGAGCCGAGAGGUCUGACUCUGCUCUGGAUUUCCUGUGUGAGUGUAGGCAAAUCACUUCACUUCCUCCUCUGCAAAUGAGGAUAAUAUUCCUGGGGGGGUUGGGAUGCCUAGACCAUUAGCAUCUGUGAAGUGGACCAAGAUUCUCAGAGGGAGGUACAAGUACCAUUAUUUUUAUUAUUAUUUAAGGAAAGCCAAAUCCAGAUCCUACGUUGCUUAACGGCUUCCUUUUUACAAAGCUAUGAAAGCAAUUUUGACGUAAAUGAGUCUGUAAUUUUGUCUGAACUCAAACGAUCAUCUUGAAAUGAUAUUUUUAAAGAGCAGAGUUUCCAAUCUCAGGGCCGGCCAGAGUGAUUUUUGUGUUGUGGCAGUCUGCAUUUAUCCAGGAGAAUCUUUGGCUGGCUUGCAGCGUCCCAUUUAGUAUGAAAUGUGUAUGCAGUGCCGGUCUGUUCUGUUCCUUAAUGUUGGUGGGAGUUGUAGAUGCAUUUCCAGGGGCCAGUGGACUAGAGAGAGACUGAAAAUUGGCAUGCAAAUCUACCAACCCAGGCACAAAAUAGACUCCCCUCCCCACCUCACUGUGAAGAAAUAGUGGCAUCAUGCCAAUCAGAAAAGGAGGAAAGCGGACAAUGAAGACUUUGCCCUAAAUCCACAGAUUUCAAAGAGCGGCCCAUGAACCAAACACUUGCCAGUGGUGUUUGGAGAACUGGCUGAUUGCCACAGUGCUGGCUCCUCUUCCUUCUUUCCAGCUGCGAAGUCUCAUUAAGAGAAGCUGAAAGCACAGGACUUUCCUAGGGUGAUUUGUCCAUGUCAGCAAUUGCUGCUGUUCCCACAGAAGUCACAAAGGGGCAGAGACCAGGAGGCCAUCUGAGUUCUGUCUCUCUGCCCUAACUCGAACUGAGACUCUUUGAAACCUUCCCACGAGACACAUGAGCGAGUGCCGGACUGUAGGUAAAAUACCUUCUCUCUGCAGGAUUUUUCUCCAAAUCUGCCUCUCCCACGAUUGUUCUUCCGUUCUGCAUUCACUCCUGUUUGACGCUGUGGGUUGGAUGUUCGUUGGUUUCAGAGGGGGAUGUGAAGGGACCACACUGAGGCUUGGCCUACGCUACACGGUUAGGUUGAUGUAAGCUGCCUUGUCUCGACCUAGCUGUGGAAGUGUCUUCACUCCUGACGAUGUAAGUGGCUGUCUACUCCGAUUUACUAACAUCACCUUCCCAAGCGGGGUAGAGUCACAGUCAAUGUCAUUAGGUUGACCCAAUGUCAGUGUAGACACUGUGUCGCUUAUGUCGACUGUUAUUGGCUUUCAGGAGCCGUUCCGCAAUGCCCCACACGGACAAUACAAUCUAUACAGGCGCUCCUGCGGGGGAUGUGUGCUGCCAACACAAAUGCACACGCACGAGCGAUUUAAUAACUCCGGUGGCUGUCUGCCGUAAUAAAUUCAGUUGACAUAAUUUUGUAGUGUAGACAUGACCUGAGUGCUUUGGAAAUCCCAGCUAUACCCAUGUGUUUUUGUUUAUAUGUCAUGUAUUUAUAUCUAGUCAUCAGUAUUUGAGUUAUGACCAGUUGGCAAGAUAGGUACCUUUGAUUUGUAAGACACUUUCUCACAAACCCUAUUCUUAAAGCCUUGCUGGCUGCCAAAUUACAUUUUGUUUCAAGGGAAGGAAGUCGAGUCUUCCUAAUUAGUUUAGCAAAUAAAAAAAUAAAAAACAAUUAAACAGAUCACUGCUACAAUAGCAAUCUACGGCCUAUUGCCAGCCUCUCUGCAAGAGAUUCACUGGUGAAAGGAAACCUUUUGACUCUGUCCCACUCCUGUCUCCAUUCUUUUAGAACAAGAAAGUUGCACAUUAAUCAAUAUUUAGAGAACUUGUCACCCAUAACAUUUUUCCCUGUGUGCACUUGAAGUUUGCAGUCGUGCCAAAGACUAUUCAGUUGGCAGCUAAAUGAGAUCUUGAGUUUUGAUACUUUUCUAAUUUUUGUCUUGGGUAGGGGGAGGAGGGGUGACAUGGAAAAAAGAGAACUUUUGAAUAUAUAUAUUUUUAAAUGAGUAAAUGGCUUGAAAAGGGAAAUGCAUAAGUGUUAAUUCCAAGGUGGUUUUCCAGGCCAGUGUUGCUGCGAAUGGCAGUUCCACUCACGCUGCUUUUAGAUUUGUUCAGGCUGGCGGAGAUUUGAACAGGGAUUAUACAAAAACCAAAGCCAUGCAAUUUGUGUUGGCUGGAAGCAGCGAUCUGGAUGUAAAUUGCAUUUUAAAAUAAGUGUGUAGAGGUUCUCUUCUCCCUACCCUCCAAAAAAGAGAGAAAUCUUCCAAUGCAGAUAGAUAGGAAUACUUCCUUAUGGCAGACCUGUGAUGCCUUGAAAGUCUAUCAUGGGGACAGCCACCUUCAAACAAGGGAAAUCCCAAGAGCUGUAAACACACUUCCCCUCACACACUUGGUUUACAAAAAAAAAAAAAUUACAGUUACAGUAUUAAAGAAACUAGGCUCUCAGCAAACCAGAGAGACCUUAAGUGUUGCAAUUGGCGUGACCUGUUGUAAUAUUUUCUGUGGCCUAGAUCUAGAAUAUCUGCUAUGUGUAAUGGCUUUGAGGACAGCGGUAGGUUGGUUUGAUUGGACCCAGAUUUGCCAGGAAUGAUUUGAGACGGCAUGCUAAAGCCCUACAUUUUAAAUAAUCUGUAGCUCUUGAAUGGUCACAGGGCACAAGCUUGUCUUUGAGGAAAUAAACAUUUGUUUACAAAACUGGAGACCAGUAGAAGUACUUAGAGGAUGGAAUUUAAACAACAUAAUGAAUUGAUGCAUAGUUUGUUAGACAUUGACCUGCAGUGUCUGUGACCCAAGUGUUGCAAAUUGCGCUAUUGCAAGCAAACCUGGCAGUGAAAUUAACUAAAACGAAAGUGAAUCUGACUUGGGACCCAAUUCUGCAACGGGAUCCAUGUGAGCAAAUCCUUGUUCCAAUGCUCAGUCCUACUGACAGGAGUCAGGCACACGGGCCUGCUCGCACGGGGACUGGCCCUCGGGCUGUGUUGAUGGUCAACGCAAGGCGUAACCACUUGACGUAAAAAGCAAAUGAAUUUUUAAAAUCUACAAUAGUGUCAUGUAUAAUAUACAGAGCAAAUAGUCAUAUUUGUUUUCUCUGACAUUGUCCACAAAUGGCUGUCUUGUGAGCAAAUGGAAGAUGAAAUUAUGACGUGGCUGCUUCUUAGUCUGUUUUAAUCACUAACAGUUUACAGAAGUUACUGCUGCUUCUCUCUCGAUCCCCUUGUGUGACUCUGCAGGCUCUUUAAUUGAAUGAGCUUCGUUCUCAUUACUCAUGUACUGUGCAUUUACCACAUCAAGCUAGUCAGCAGCGCCUCCCAAGGAAAACUCUUUCAGACACUCCAUUUAGAAACAUGGCUGCUGCUCACGUUUUUCUCCGGUGGUGGGCAGAAGCGAUGUCUUCUCUUGCUUUUCUCUGGCCAUUUUAUUACUACGAAAGGCCUGUAUGGAAAAGGGAUCUUUGUUGCUUAACAGCUCGUCUUGCACCUGCUGUUUAUUCCUGCCUCACUUGUUCACAUCCAAAGUCAUAACCCCCGUUUUGUUGCCUUGUAACUAGCUGCUAGCAAGGAUUGCUCUCCCAGCUGGGGUGGGGACUGUAACGUCAGGGGGCGGGAAAUAGAUGAAUAGACUUUUAAAAUGACUACGGACGAUUAGAUCAUCUGUUCCAGGGGUGGCCAACCUGAGCCUGAGAAGGAGCCAGAAUUUACCGAUGUACAUUGCCAAAGAGCCACAGUAAUA